AAAGUUAAGUUUUGAUAUAUAGUACAAAAUGUUCUAAAUAUCUUCAUGGAACAUGAUAUUUGCUUAAUUUCUGAAUGGUUUUGGGCAUAAAAGAAAAAUCAACAAUUCUGACCCAUACAAUGUACCUUUGGCUAGUGCUGUGCAAUAACAUACAUUUAAAUUUAAUGUUUAUAUUGAUAAUGUUCUCUUCUGAUCGGCCCCAAGCAGAAUUUUAUUUGAGGGCCCUUGGUGCCUCCAAUACGACUGAUUAUAAUUGUUAAUGUUUGAUACCCAUUAUCAGUUUUAUUUGUUUUAGCUCUGUUGCUUACAUCAUACCAAUGUCUGCCUGGCAUGUUGUAAUCAUAUCAAACCCACGAGUGUGGUCAGGUGUUAAUUAGCACUUUAAUAUACAAAAUCUUACAGUAAUGAGUGGCCUGCUUACUGUAGUGUACUGAAAUGUAGCUAAAUAAACCAGCGGAUGCAUGUUAUUUUAGCAACAUAAAUUAUUAAACACAGCAGCAAGUUUUCUGUACAUUAAAAAAAAGCAACCCUUAAUCUAUAACUACAUCAUUGUAAAAGUGAAGUUUGCAUUCAGUGUGCCCUUUAAAAUCGUCUUCUUUCCUCCGUAGGAAAAUGAGGUCCAAAGAUAACACAGUGGACAGUAUGGUUAAUAAAGUUCUGGUUGUCACGCAAACUUCACAUGAUACCAAAGAAGAAGAGGAGGGGAAAAUGCUGGAGACAGAAAAGACUAUCAAGGUUAAACACGAGGAUGAUGAAGAGAAAACCGGGCCUAAUGAGGAAGAUAAGUCAACACAGAAGGAUGACCAAAUGUUUGGGAUCAGAGAUCUGUCCAAAGACAACCUACUGAAACUGCUUGGGAUCAUGGAAGGAGAGAUCCAGGCACGAGAAGAUGUGAUCCAUCUACUAAGGUCUGCGUUGCUGAGUCGACCAGAGGAGCUGGAGUCCCGUUAUGGCUUAUCGGGGCCACCCCGAGCCCUGCAGGCCCUGCAGAGAGACCGGACGCUCAGCAACAACCAUGCACAACACGAAAAUGUGUAUGAUAAGCCAAUGGCAGAGCUGGACCGAUUGCGGGAUAAACACAAGGACUCAUACCGGCGUAUGCUGGAACAGCUCUUACUGGCUGAGAAAAGCCAUCGGCGCACUGUCUAUGAGCUGGAGACUGAGAAACGCAAACACGUGGACUAUAUGAACAAGAGCGAUGACUUCACCAACCUCCUGGAGCAGGAACGAGAGAGGUUAAAGCGGUUGCUGAAACAAGAAAAAGCAUACCAAAUAAGGAAGGAAAAAGAGUUUUCUAAACGUAUGCAGAGAACAUCUGGAGAGCUGGUUAAGCUGAAGUCAUUUGCACUCAUGAUGGUCGAUGAGCGAGAACUUCACUUGGAGAAAAUCGACAAACAGAGCCACAAAAUACAAGACCUUCUUCAAAAACUUGAGGAAAAGGAGAAGAAACUACAUGAGGCAGAGAGAAAAUCAAAGGAAGACAACCAGAAAAUCCUUGAUCUUGAGGUUGAGCUGAAGCUAAGAACGUCUAAGUUUGCAAAAGAGCAAGAGGAGAUGUCUGCAGAACUGUCCAGCCAAGAAUCUCAACAUCAGCAGCUUUCCCAGAAACAGAUGGAAUUGUUACACAAAAUCAAGGAGCUUGAAGAAACCAAUGAAGCUCUUCAGAAAUCAGCAGAGGAGCUCCAGGCUUUAAAGGACAAGAUCCGAAAGGGGGAAUGUGGCAACUCAAAUUUGAUGGCAGAACUUGAGACUUUGCGCACUAGAAUUCUGGAAAUGGAGGGUAAAGAUGAAGAGAUCACCAAAACUGAGAACAAAUGCAGUGAGUUGAAGAAGAUGCUUCUUGUUGAAGAGACUCGUAAUAAAGACCUGAGGCUGGAGGUGGAAAAACUGCAACAGAGAAUGACACUUUUAGAGACACUAGAGAUGACCUUCAACAUGGGCAGGACAGAAUGUGCCCAGUUGAACGCAGCUUUGGAAAAGGAGAAAAGCUUGACUAAAGACCUAACAGACAAACUUGUGAGCGUUAAAAUCCGUAUGAAGGAGCUUGAAUCGUCUGAGCUGAAACUGGAAAAGGAUGAAUUAGAUUUAAAAGAGGAUCUUUUGAAACUCAAAUCAGUUACAGUAAUAAUGGUUAAUGAGCACAAGAACAUGGUAGACAGGAUUAGGUCUGAGGAAAAGAAGAGAGAUGAACUGAAUCAACUCUACAAGGCAGAGCAGGAGAAAGUCAUGGAGGUUACUGAGAGGUUAAUAGAGGAGAGCAAGAAGCGUCUGAAACUGAAGUCAGAGAUGGAGUUGACAGUAGCUGCUCAUGUAAAAGAGAGAGAUGAAAUAAAGCAAAAGCUCACUAAAGCAGAAGAACAAUGCAAAGAUCUGAGCUCCAAGAAUGGGAUAAUGAUGCAAAGUACCAUGAACAAAGAAGAAAGGGAGUCUUUCCAAAAGGUGAUGGACCUGGAGAGUGUCUCAAAUGCACAUGGAAAAGAUGAGAAUAAAGUUAAGGAGCUGACUUUGGAGACUGAAAGACUUAGGAACCGUCUUCAACAGCUGGAAGCCAUUGAGCGAGAACUGAUCAAACCAGAGUAUGAUUUUUUAGGAACUGAGAAAGAAAAGGCACGUUGUCUCUCACAGCAUGUGCAAGAAAUAAGUCAAACUGAGUCAGUUAAGGUAAUAGAGCAGGGUGAGGUGGGCUGUCAAGAGGCUGAACUGAGACAUCGGUUUAUGAUGGAGGAGGCCAAAACCAGAGACCUUCAAGCAGAUGUGCAAGCCCUAAAGGAGAAGAUUCACGAGCUCAUGAACAAAGAAGACGAGCUAUCCCAGCUACAGGUGGAUUAUUCUGUUCUGCACCAGAGGUUUCUAGAGGAAGAAGACAAGAAAAAGAGCAUAAGCACUGAAGUUCUAAACCUUACCAAAGAACUUGAGGUCACCAAACGUUACAGCCGCACUUUACGGCCCAGCACCAAAGGAAGCCGGAUGAUGGAUGUCCCAGUGACGUCAACUGGAGUACAAACAGAUUCAGUUGAAAAUAGGACAACUGACAGUGACACACCUGCUGCAUUUAUCAAGAAGUCCGUCCAAGAGGAGAACCGGAUCAUGAGUAGCCUGCAACAGAGGAGCUUAAAGAAGCCAGCGCAGAGACUAACAGUACGUGAACUUUACCCUCCAACAGUCGGUGACUAUACAACAAAGAAGUCCUGGAUUCCUUGGAUGAGGAAGAAAGACAGCAGCGCUUCUGAAGUAUCUUUGGAUACCAGUGGUGAGGUCAGCAUGUCCCAAAAGUAUGACCAUUCAUUGAAUGCUCAGGUGAUCCCAGAUAUCCAGAACAAUGAGGCAACCUUACAGAAUUGCAUUGGCCUUUCUGAGGACUCGACCAAACAAGCUUCUGCCAAACUCUCACAAGAAACUCAGAGCUCCCGGACGACUAUCCUUCCUACAAAUGAAGGAACUAAAGAGCCAAAGAAUCCAGAAAGAGUUAGAUUACCAAUGACCUUUGCCUCAGUCUCGAGAGUAAAGAGUGCAGAGAUCACGGGGUCUCCCUCUAUGGACAAAUCGUUAUCUCCUGUAUCCACUGCAUCCAUCAGCAGCUCCCAAGAGUCUGUGGACAUGAUAACAGGUAGAGCUGUAUUUAAGGAGACUCCCGAAAAGCGAAUGGUCCCCACACCUAUCAAGAAGUUUACCACAGAAGACAGUAAAAUUCACAUUCACUUAGGAUCGCAGUUCAAGAAGACCACUGAUCAUGGCUCAGUCAUCAUGGCCAAAUCUAUUCCCCUAUCUUCUGAGUGUAAUGAAGUUUCUACUGGAACUGUGCUACGCUCACCACACAGUGUGACUGUCAGCAAAUCAACAUCUAGCAAAGCGAUGAGCAGCAUCACACAGGUCACUAAAGCACCAGCCAGACCUACUCUCUCAGUGCAGCCCAUCACUGAUGUCCCAUCAGCACGAUCAGGGUUCAGUCGUAUUCCAAUGUCUCGGGGGAUGAAAACUGGAAAAGCCGUGCUUGGAGCUUUGGGAAUCACCACAGGAGUUAAAAUGGAAACAAAUCCAGAGAACCAAUCCAUGCACAUUGACCUGAAAAAACCCAGCUGUCAUUAAUGGAGCCCUACCGGGUGGAGGGAAGGGCUGAAAGCACUGAACAAAUAAUAUACAAGCCUACAUUUACGAUGUCUUGUGUAAAUGAUUGACACUUUCUGCAGUUUUUGUGUUGAAGAGAUGCAAGGGAAAACUGAUUUUUCUUGGGAAAGAACUAGGGAAAGAGAGUUGGGAUUUGGCAACAUUGCUUUUACUGUAGAAAAAAUGCUGCAGUAAAAAUGCAUUUGUAGGACACUCCGUAAGUUAGCAUCACCCUGAUUUAACUUCCUACAACUCUAAAAAACUUUUUCCCCCUGAAAGUUUGAGGUAGAAUAGUUUGCAAAAGCACAAAUAUAAACACAAUGAGCCUGUGAAAGCGACUAGUGAGUAGAUUAGAGUAUAGAGGUGUGGUGAUGUUUAAUAUCUGAUGCCCCAAUAACCCACCUAAGUCCCAUUUAGACACUUGUUAGCAACUGUCUUUUUCAAGACAAGUAAAAGCUUGAGGUAAAAAUGUGACAAUAUGUUAAAUUAACCACAGAACUAAAAAACAGAGUCUGCCAUUCAAUGUUCAAAACUGAUUACC